AACUGCAAAUCGCAGACUGACUGUACGGCUGUGGUUGCACAGGGCGUGGGCAUUGCUUUAUUUUAUCCAUCAAUCUCUCACCAGCUUUAUGGAUCCACCGGGGUAAUGGGAUGUUUUAUCCGCGUUGCUGCUACGUGUGAAGUUCGUCACCUGCAUGGAAACGACUAAUUCCGGAUGAAUAUCGGCUUUGUGUUCAGCCUUCAUGAACGACCGACACUCAAACGCACCACUUGCGAAAGACAGUCCCGACCAAAUGCCUUAAAAAUACAUUUAGAUGUAAAAUAGUCUCAACCAGGCUAUUUUAUUUCGCUUCCACUUGCCUUAUGUGGCUUUUAUUAGCGAUACAGAUUGAGGAAAACAGUGUGAUAAUCAAUCAGAUAUGGCAGUAAGCAUCACAGAGCCGCUCUGCAUGCCUUGCGUUUACCAUGAGGCUUUUAAAGUGGAGCUACAGGUGAAGAGACCUCUGAUGCCGGUCCAGCUGAGUCCAGAGCAGGUGGGCCUGGAGAUGUUGUGUCUGUGUGGGCAGCUGGACCUCCUCAUCAGGGCACAGAUGCAGCAGUUCCAGGAGCAGUUAGGCCAAGGCUGCAGCCCAGAGGAGUCGGACACUUUCCAAGCUCAAGGCUCAGAGAUUCUUGACCAGAUGCUGCAGUGCCUUGAACACCUACCAAAGCCUAUGCCCCAGCUGGAGGACUACCUGGACAUGAUGGGUCUGUCAGUAAUGUUUCCUCGAGUGGAGGUUUUCCUAAUUCAGGGAAGCCCAGUGGACAUGUUAGAGAGGCCGCCAAUGGACGAAUAUUUUUUCCACAUUGCCAAACUGAACCAGCUCCUGGUGCUGAGUCAACAGCUGGAAGAAGAUAUCAGACACCUUGGAAGUCACAAAUACAUCGCCCACCAGCUCUCUGUCAUAUAUCAAGUCGUCAGCUCUUUCAGAGGGAUUCAGGCUUUCUCUGACAUAAAGAAAGACAUUGAGGCCAACUUCAAACAGAUGAAACAAUGCCUCGUGGUAGAAGAAGACUCCAGACAUGAACCUCAGCUGGCGGCUCAUUACAUCAACUGGAUAUUAGAAAUAACUCAAAAAUUAACAUCUAUGGUGUUGUCGCUUCCCGAGGAGCUGACAGACGACCUUCACCAGGCCGUGACUUUUGUGUCUCAGUUCCUCUCCUGACCGACUCUGGAGAAAAAAACGCCACUGAAUGUCGUUUGGAUGCACUAGGUUUUCUGCAGGAGUCGCCUGCUUCUACAUAAACAGAACAUGUUAUGACUGUGACAAGGUGCUACAAAGUAUAUAAACCGAUCGAUGGUUGGAUUGAAGAACCUACUUUAUUUACAAAUCCUGCAGGUUUUAAUAUUCCCCUUAUGGAUGUGAUGAAUAUUAGUCGCUAUAGUGAGUCGGUUAUAUGGAAAUGAACGUACAGUUGCAAAUCCCUCCGUGCACUACUGUUCUAACAACUGUUAUGAGCUUUUUUUAUACCUAAAGUGAAAUAAUAAAAUUGAAUGCAAUAG